UGAAUGCGCGCGCGCAGAAAUUCGUGAAUGCUUCCCCCCUCCUCCACUUCAUCCUCCUCCUGCCCGGCAGCAGCAGCACCUAGGCACUUCCGCCUGGCUGAGGAGGUGGGAGGAGGUACGAGCAGCUCGAGCAACACAUCCUCGGUCGUGAAGGAAGUCGAGCUCAAAGACGCUGCGCUCCUCGACCGCUCAUCAUCAUCAUCCGCCGCCGCCGUCAUCGUCGUCGUCGUCGGUGAUCGCACAUCUCACAUCAUUCCCCGUAACACAGCAUAUGUUACGUCAUAGUAUCGCCAGUGCCAAAAAAGUGUUUUCGUUUUUUGGGGUUUUAUUUCCAUUAAUUUUUUCCCACCACCACCACCAACCACCAGCGCCAGAAUCAAUCGAAAGAAAAAGUGUGAGCGCAGCCAGGAUGCAGAGAGCGGAAGGAGCUAGCGCUUCCGGACGGCGAAUUUUUCUCCUUUCGCAUCCGGCGCCCCAGUUCCGUCGUCGUCACUGAUUGGCAGACACAAAACCCCACCGCCGACCAAAUUAUUUGUUUCGGGUGAUUAUUGGACGCGCGAUGAACAAUAGCGAGAACGGCGACCCUUGGAUGUGGUUCAACUGGACGCAAGUCGACGACGGCGAUGUCACCUCGGGCGCUAAUAACGAGACGUCGGUCGUGUCGUUGGAUUGGGACGAUUGGGACGCGUCGCUGUGGACGCCGGAGCAGCGGCGCCUGCUGGAACGUGGCGCCAUACCGCGGGAGGUGCACAUCACACUGGGUGUCCUACUGGCCCUGAUCGUCCUCUUCGGCGUCGCCGCCAAUUCCACCAUCCUCUACGUCUUCUCCAGGUUCAAACGACUGAGGACGCCGGCCAACGUGUUCAUCAUCAACUUGACCAUCUGCGAUUUCUUCGCCUGUUGUCUCCACCCACUGGCCGUCUACUCGGCGUUCAGGGGCCGCUGGUCUUUCGGCCAAACAGGUUGCAACUUGUACGGAAUGGGCGUCGCCUUUUUCGGACUCAACAGCAUCGUGACUUUGUCGGCCAUCGCCUGCGAGCGCUACAUCGUCAUCACGUCCAGCAGUUGCCGGCCGGUCGUCGCCAAGUGGCGGAUAACUCGUCGACAAGCGCAAAGGGCUUGCGUGGCCAUCUGGAUCCAUUGCGCCGCCCUGGUCUCUCCUCCUCUGCUCUUCGGCUGGUCGACUUACCUGCCGGAAGGAGUUCUAGUCACCUGCUCCUGGGAUUAUACCUCACGGACGACCUCCAAUCGGCUCUACUACUUCUACCUCCUCUUCUUCGGCUUCGUCCUGCCCGUCUCCGUCUUGACCUUCUGUUACGUCGCCAUUUUCCGGUUUAUCGUCCGCUCUUCCAGGGAGAUGACUCGGUUAAUUAUGACCAGCGACGGACGGGCGUCGUUUAGCAAGACGACCGUCUCAUUCCGCAAAAGGCGGAGGCAGACGGACGUCCGGACGGCGCUGAUAAUUUUGUCGCUGGCCAUGCUCUGCUACACGGCCUGGACACCUUACGCCAUCGUCAGUCUCAUCGGCCAGUUCGGCCCGGUCGACGAAGAUGGCCAGCCCAAGAAACUGUCGCCCAUGGCCACGGCCAUCCCGGCCUUCCUGGCCAAAACGGCCAUCGUCUUCGAUCCUUUGGUUUACGGAUUCUCGCACCCGCAGUUCCGCUCUUCCGUCCGCCAGAUCCUGCGUCAGCACAGCGUGGACAGCAGCGCCAACGGCGGCGCCCGUGCCGGGCCUAACAAUACGACGAUGAUUGUGAUGCGGCGCCCGGCCACCCGGAAUUGCCACUCGCCGCGGGCCAGCUCCAACGUUGUGUUCUCGUCGUUAAGUCGCAGCAUCCGGGCCAGCAACAAAGAAACAGCGUCGAGAAAGUUGUCGGCCAACGAUCCUUCCACUUCGCUGGCCAUGAGUCAGCAACCGAGCAGCAAUUUCCGGUUUCCCAUUCAUCCGGACACGGCCGGAAACAUCCAGCAACUUCGCAAAAGUGAGAGCCUGCGGAAGUCGUGCAUGAGCAAGCGCAGCCUCAACAUUCCGGGCAGCGGUAAGAGCAUCCGGCGCAAGGGCAGCGGCGGAUCGGCUGGCCGCUACCAGCACCAGUCGCUGUCGGCGGCCGAGGAAGUUUCCAUCGCCAAUUCCUCAUCGCUCCGGCUGAUGAUGCUGCAGGAGGAGAGCGAAUUCCACUUGUUCCGCCAGCAACAAACCACCGCCGGCAAACUGCAGAGGGCCGCCAAACGGGAGCGGAUGAUACAACUUUUAUCCAUGGGCAGCAGCAGCGGCGGCGGCAACAACACUUCCGCUCGCCCACCGCCGCCGCCGGAUAAAAACAGCGGCGGUGGAGCGAAACUCCCAAAAGAGAAGCAGAGGAGAUAUUCCGAGCCGGAUCUCAUGCGCUGUUCCGUCCGUAUUAUCCCGAACGCCCCCAACCUCAGCUGGGAAGAGUAUCGACGCAAAAGGAACGAAUACAUCCGCAGCAUUUUCUUCCGCAGCGCCGGCAACCUCCUGUUCAGCUCGUGGGGCAAUGGCGGUGAUCCGGCCGCCAAAGGAUUUUCCGAAUAUCCGAUCCUUUUACUGACGACGGGCGAUGACCCAGCGGCCCAGCAGCAGCAGCAGCUAGCCGGAGGCAAUCAAAGUCCGGUGACGCCACUGGUGGGCCGGAAGUUGUCGAUGACGGUCCAGUCGGUCGAUCGCUUCCAGGCCAUCAACGCUCGUCUGAGCGAGAAGAUCCAGCAUCUGGACAAGCCGAGAUCCAACAGCACGACGUCGAGCCUGGGCAGCCAUCGGCGGCCGUCAUCUGCUUCCCUGUCGGCCGGCCAUCAGCCGUCGACUAACGGAUCCAACAGUUUGUCGACUCAUCAGUUCCAGUCGCAGUCGCAGCCGAAGCGACGCUACUCGGCGUCGCCGGCCAUCCACAUCGAGUGUUGCGAGUGCGCCUAUCUCCCGCUAAGUCAGACCGUCACCCUGGUCAAAGUUCAAGGGCCGGCAGCGGCGGCUCCGGCGGUUGAGAAUAACGGCGGCCGGCCAGGACAUUGGAGGGCCUGCAUGGUCAGCGGCCGUGAUUCCUUAUCCUGCUCACUCAAUAGUCCUUGAAUGAGAAAAAGAUUCCAAUUCCUCUCUUGUUUUUUUUUUUUGUUUUUUUAAAUCUAUUCUUCCAAUACGAUCCUGCUGAUCCUGUCAAAUACAACCAAACGCACACACCCUAUCCUAUAUAUACCGCUAUAGUACAAUUCCAUUCAAAUCGAUCCCGUUUGAUUCCCACCUGCUGUGUAAAAUCGAUUCUAAAUGUUAUAUAGUCGCCCAAAUGGAGAGCUCAACUGACAUUUGAUCACGUAUUUAACAAAUUGAUUGAUUUUGUUUUUGUUUUUUUUUCAAAUUCUAUUAUGAGGAAUCAAAAGUUGACGAACACAAAAACAGGGGAGGCUGAUGGCAGCACAGCCCGAAUGAUAUUAUGAUUAUGCCAUCUACAAACAAUUCAUUUGCCUGCACAUUUCAAUGAAAUCUGUAUAUAAAAUUGUUAUAGGCCAAUUCUUUCAUUAUAUACAAUCAGAAAUAUUCUAUACCUAACCGUCGUUAUAUUCGCUUCAAUAUCAAUUUAGCGUCGUCUGUAUUUUCCAAAUUGUUGAACGGGUCCUUGGUGAUUAUGUAAUAUCGAUGAAGAAAGAUGGCAACUAUUCAAAAAAAAAGUGUUGGGAAUCUAACCGAAGUGAUCUUAUAAAUUAUCUAAAAUAUUUAACAGGCUGUUAAUAAUAAUGAAGGGAAUUCUAUUAUUCAUUUGAUAUAUUAUACCAGUGAUGAUGUCUAGUUCUUUUUUUGUUUUGUUUUUUCCCUCUUGGCUGUGUGUUUCUACAUGUACAGAUCGUUAUUGGUUAUCUACUUCAAUAAAACGAAACCUGAUUCAUUCUAUAAUUAAUACAUACCUUUACGCGA